CACACUAUUACUUAACUACACUCAAAUACAAAUAAAAUAUAAUACUAAUAAAUAAUAAAUAAAAUGCGCAUUGCAUUCGGCAAUAGUUUUGGUUACAUUUCUUUGCUGCUGAUAAAUUGUUUGUUGCUCUCCAGCAGCGCGGCGCAGCGCACCGUCGGCGCACGCGGCGUGUUGCGUAGAAACUAYACGGGCAAAAAACCAGUUGUCAUACAACAUCGCUCUCAGGAUGCCGUCAAUUAUUACGAACAUGAAAAUGGUGCCAAAAUAAUAAAAUCCUCACAUUUUGAAUUGGAUUAUACGCUGGGAAGAAAAAUUACAUUCUUCUGCAUGGCACAGGGCAAUCCACGUCCCACAAUCACUUGGUUCAAAGAUGGUGCCGAAUUAUAUCAGCAUCGAUUUUUCCAGGUACAUGAGUCACACAUUGAUGUGGAUAUAAUMAAAUCAAAAAUGGAAAUCGAUCCGACUACACAAAUGGAUGCAGGCUACUAUGAAUGCCAAGCGGACAACAUUUACGCAAUCGAUAGACGCGGUUUUCGCACCGAUUACGUUAUGAUUAACUUUUAGUAAAUACAAUUUUCUAAAUACCAAACUUUUGUGUAAAUUUUUUUUAGAAAAUGUAUACGAAUAAAUA